AGUCGCUGAGAUGAAUGGGAAAGUUAACAAAUAAAGUCUCCAGGACUUCAGUCACAUCAGAUAUCUUCUAAUGAUUCUGACCAUGUCAUCAGAGUGUCGUUUUUCCUGAGUGAUAUGAGGAAAGCAGGAGCUGGCUAGUGUAUUGGGAGUGUAUUUGCUGAGCUGUUAAUGAGAUUGAAUGAGCGUGUUGAUCUCCUGUGGGAUCCAUCAUACAGACCAUCACCAAUCCCAGCAUCACAGAUGGACCCUCUUGUGUCUCUGGGGUCAAACACUCUCUGUAUUUAAGGCCAGUCUCCAGAUCUGCUCCAAACACACACACACCACUAAACCAGUGCAGGCAGUAGUACUGUAGUGAUGGAAGCGGGCGUGUGGUUCAUGCUGCUGGGUGUGCUGCUGGUCAUGACCGAUAUGGGCCAGUCCAUCCCCAAAGACGACGUGCUGGAGCAGAGCAAACUCCUGCUGGAGUCACGCGAGGACGCAGACAAUUACAACAUGCUGGAGAGUCGAGGGGCCACUGAAGAGCAGAUGGAUCAUCUUCUGGAGGAUCGUCUUCUGGUGGAAAUGUUGCGCUCUUUACUCCACAGCUCUCAGAGAUACGAACGAAACCCUUCAGUGCUGCACCAACCACAGCGGUUUGGUCGGGGGACUCGGAGCGGCUUGUCCACAGAGGAAAGGAUACAGUCUCGCGACUGGGAGACUGUUCCUGGACAGAUAUGGAGCUUGGCUGUGCCACAAAGAUUCGGCAAAAAAUAACACCACCCAGAGUGAGGUCUUAGGGUUUUGUAAUUAGUAGAUCUGAAACAUCUAUAAGAAUCUCAUUCUCCCAACCAAUCCAAGGCAAUCAGUCACUCUUCUGUGCAUUUCAUCAAACCCUGUGAUAGUAAUUAUAACACACCAAAACAAUAAUAUUUAAAUGUAGUAAAUAUAUUUCAUAAGUUGUGAAUGAGUGGAAGGAAAUAGUCAUGU